ACGGUGUGCUCAGCUCCCACACUAAAGGCCAAGCCAAGAACAAGGAUGGGCAGCAGAAGGAUCCCAGCCGCAGUCACCUGGCCUACGGCAUCUUGGACAGCCCACCAUGGUAUCUCUGCAUCUUCUUGGGGAUCCAGCACUUCCUCACAGCCCUGGGGGGCCUCGUGGCUGUGCCACUCAUUCUAGCCAAGGACCUGUGCCUGCAGCAUGACCCCCUGACCCAAAGCUACCUCAUCAGCACCAUUUUCUUUGUCUCUGGCAUCUGCACCCUCUUGCAAGUGUUUUUUGGGGUCAGGCUGCCGAUUCUCCAAGGAGGGACCUUUGCUUUUGUGGCACCCUCUCUGGCCAUGCUCUCUCUCCCUGCCUGGAAAUGUCCAGAGUGGACUCUCAAUGCCAGCCUGGUGAACACCAGCUCUCCUGAAUUCAUUGAAGAGUGGCAGAAGAGGAUCCGAGAGUUGCAGGGUGCUGUCAUGGUGGCUUCCUGUGUCCAGAUGCUGGUGGGUUUCUCGGGCCUCAUUGGCUUUCUCAUGCGAUACAUCGGCCCCUUGACCAUCGCUCCAACCAUUGCCCUGGUGGCCCUGCCUCUCUUUGAGUCUGCCGGCAAUGACGCUGGGAUCCACUGGGGGAUUUCUGCCCUGACCAUCUUUCUCAUCGUGCUCUUUUCUCAGUACCUCAAGAACGUCAUGGUGCCUGUGCCCGUUUAUGGAAGAGAGAAGAAGUGCCACAUCUCCAAAUUCAACCUGUUCCAGGUCUUCCCUGUGCUGCUGGCCCUCUGCCUUUCAUGGCUCUUCUGCUUCGUUCUCACUGUCACCAACACCCUCCCCAAGUCCCCCACAGCAUAUGGAUAUUUGGCCCGCACAGACACCAAAGGGAGCGUGCUGAGCCAGGCCCCUUGGUUUCGCUUCCCUUACCCAGGACAGUGGGGGCUCCCCACCAUCAGCCUGGCUGGAGUCUUUGGGAUCAUUGCUGGAGUGAUCUCCUCCAUGGUGGAAUCGGUGGGUGACUAUCAUGCCUGUGCUCGGCUCGUUGGGGCCCCACCCCCUCCGAAACACGCCAUCAACCGUGGCAUUGGCAUCGAGGGCCUUGGCUGCUUACUGGCAGGGGCCUGGGGGACCGGGAAUGGUACCACCUCCUACAGCGAGAACGUCGGGGCGUUGGGCAUCACCAGGGUCGGGAGCAGGAUGGUGAUCGUCACUGCAGGCUGUGUGCUGCUUCUGAUGGGCAUGUUUGGGAAGAUUGGGGCGGCAUUUGCCACCAUCCCUACCCCGGUGAUUGGAGGCAUGUUCCUUGUCAUGUUCGGGGUCAUCAGCGCUGUGGGGAUCUCCAACCUGCAGUAUGUGGACAUGAAUUCAUCCAGGAACCUCUUUGUGUUUGGCUUCUCCAUCUACUGUGGGCUCGCCAUCCCCAACUGGGUGAACGAGAACCCUGAGAAGUUGCAGACAGGGGUUCUCCAGCUGGACCAGGUCAUCCAGGUGCUCCUGACCACAGGCAUGUUUGUUGGUGGAUUUCUGGGCUUUGUCUUGGACAACACCAUCCCUGGCACCCUGGAGGAGAGAGGCCUCUUGGCAUGGAGUCAAAUCCAGGAGGAUUCUGAGGAGACUGUGAAGGCCUCGAAGGUCUACGGCCUUCCCUGGGGGAUUGGCACCAAGUUCUGUACAUCUUCAUGUACCCGGGUCCUCCCGUUCUGGCCCAGGCUAGACCACCGUGGGCAUGAGAUGGGAGUGAGCCAGCUCACUCUGUGUUCCCAGACUCCCUCAGGAAAGAACCUGUGGGGUGUUACAGAAACCAAGAUGUGAAGAGAAUUGCUUGACUCCCAUCUCCUCAUAGUCAAACUUGGGCCACCCACCUGCCUGCGAAAUGCAAGGAUCUCUGUUCACAAAUGGGUCCUUCCCGGCGCCUCCCACGCCUGCGCGAUGUGACGGCCCAGCAACGUUGAUGAAGAGCAUGAUCUGUGUGAGUGAGGCUGGCCUCAGCCAUCCUUCUGCUGUCUCAGCUCCAGUGUGGACACGACUCUGGGAUCUACACAGAAGUCUGCUAUUUCACGAUGCUCUAGAGGAUCCCGAGCAGCAGCACGGGGUGAACAGGGGCAGGCUGUUGGCUGAAAAGCGAUGGGGCCAGGCAGCCUGUAAUCCUGGCCGCUCAAGAGGCUGCACAGGAGGAACACAAGCUCAAAGACUGCCUGGGCUACAGUGGCUUUAUGGCUAGCUGGGCCAACUUAGCAAGUUCCUGUCUCAAAAUAAAAAGUGAAAAGCAA